ACGUGCUUCCAGAUUCCUCACUCUGGUAGUAUCGAGAAGGCAACUGCAGUGCGGUGUCGGUCAUUCAGCUUAGGCUGCCAUCGCCCAUCCAAACAUUAACCGGAUCCAAUGUUGCUUAGCCUCGCUGAUCGGCGAGAAGCAGUGUAUUCGACGCGGUGUGUUGGGUGGUCUGAAUUCAUUUCAGGACACCAUUCUAACCAUUCUCCUCAGUUGCACCUGUCACCAAGGUGUAUCUACAACUCUUAUAUCGACUGAACUAAUCAAUGCUUUUGGAAAGUUUGUUUAUCUUUCUAAGUUUGUGUUCCCAGAGGUUAAGUUCGUAUCAAGUCGAAAUGAACACGACGGACCACCAGAGUGAAGACUGCAAUGUUUUGGACAUAUAUGCUCCCGGGGAGUCUCCAGUGUCUAGGCUAUUCCUGACGGUUACUCUGGUCCACUGUUAUGGUGUCCUCGUCUUUGGCACUCUUGGUAACGCGUUGGCGCUGUGGUGCGUGGGGACGUGCGCCAAGACGCGGCGGCCGGUGAAGGUGAUGCUGUUCAGCGUGUUCCUGCCCGCCCUUGUGGUUUGCUUGGUGACGCGACCUGUGAUUGGAGAGAUUCGGAUCGCCCUCCUCACGUGCGAUCCCCAAAGAAUCUCAGUAACGGUUGUACAAAUCAAUAUGGUUGUGUACAAUAUCCUGGCACAGAUUGAACUGACCACCAUAGCUGCUGUAGCUGUGGUCAGGGCAGUAUCAGUGUGGGCGCCACAGAGGCAGGCGCUAGGACUCCGGGGCACAGUGGCCCUGGUGACGGCGAUAUGUGUGUACUCCACCCUCACCGGCCUCGGGGUGCUGGUAAUGGUGGUGACGGAUGAGAUGGACCACCUGAGGAUCCUUGUCACAGUCUUGUUCUUCAUCAACACCACUCUUCCGGCACUCAUCACCGCCGCCGCCUACAUCCUCAUGAUAUACAAAAUUCAGCGAAACAAGCGUCGUUUGGCAGCCAGUCAGCAGCAGGGGCGGGAGACCACCACCAUGGACCAGGCCACGCGGGCCAUGCUGGCGGUGUUCAUCAGUAACAUGGUGUUUGGCCUGCCACACUCCAUCUACCACCUCAUGGGCAGACAGCCACACUUCAUGAAUAUCUUAUUCCACGUCUUGUUUUCAACGCACUUCGUGAUGGACCCACUGGCGUUCGUGUGGUUCAACAGUUGCUACCGAAGACGCGUUUUUUCCCGCAUGAAGAAAGUGACGCGGUCUAUCUCCUCGGUUCCUACAUCGUCUUUCCUCCACGCCAGCUCUGUCUCACCGAGCGACCACCACCACGACUCCAAUCCCAAGGAGGAGAACGCCUAAUAAAGCUGAACACGCCCGCCCUGUCAGGCAGACAAUGUUCCCAAUGAAGUAUAUAGAUGAUUAGAUACUCUUUUUUUUCAGUAAUGAUAGGACACAGACUUCAGUAGGCAGAUGACUUGUGGAAUGGAGGAAUAAUGCAUAAGGUGUGUUGUCUCGUUGUUCAGUGCAUGUGCGUUGUUUGUAGUGAGAGGAUGUGGCUUGUUUUUUUGUUACCUUAUCUUUAUAUCCUGGAGAGACAAAAGGUGGAGAGGAGUUUUUUUUUUUAUACCUCAUGGCCUUUUCACGGGAAUUUAUGGGCUAAAGGGGAUACAUUUUGUGGCACCUCCUAUAUGAAACCCCACCCGUUGGAAACCGUUGCCCCGAGUGACGAAGCCCAACCUACACUCGGACUGUGGAUAGGAUUCGAACCCGUGCGCUUGGAGACCCCUCGGAUCCCAAAGCGCGCUUGGUUCUACUGUACCAUAGCGGUUCCAUACAUAUAUGUGUUUCUUGCAUUCAAAAUCCUUGUAUGUUAAUAUUAAUAACGCCCUGUCUUAAUGAGAUUCACAUUUCUUCUGUACGCCAACGUUACAUAUCAUUGUAUUUCAUUGUUCUGUAUUACGUCAUGUUCCUUUAUGUUUAAUGUUCGUCAGUGUCUGGUAAUAGUGGCUCGCUGUCUUUCCGAUGUCUGGCUCAGGCAAUGUGCGCACAACACCUCGGGGAGUCAGACCCAUUGUGUGCACGAAAAGGCUUGUCUGUAUAUAGUGUCCACACCCAGCAAUCAUAAAACAUAUCAACAUUGUAUCUAAAGCAUUGUUUCUUGGUGUGAACAGGACUUAAUUUUGUCAUACUAUUGUACCACCAGCGCGUCACACAGUCAGCCAGCCAACCAGUUAACAAUAAAUCAAUCAAACAUACAAUGCUACUUAAUAGAAGACCCUGCAUCCUGGAACCUACAGACUCUCGGACCUGUACGGGAACUGGCAACUAAGUGGACUUUUUUUUUUAAUUUCGUGUUGUUCUUGGCCAGCUUUCCUCUCUUACAUAAA